AUGAACGAACUGGACAGUCGCUGUGGAGACUACGUCCAAAUUGCUAUAGUCGCCAAAGGUGUAGAUCUCACUAGGGGCUAUGAUCAUGAUGUGAUUCGAGGUUGCAUCAACCUGGCACAGCUAUGGGUAAGCGAUCUACAUGACAAGUAUGUUCUACACUUGCAGUAUCUAUACGAGGAAGAAGGAAAAUUACAUCAAUAUGAGAAUGGAAUAGUGCCCAGCGACUUUGAGCACACUAAACUAUUGCGUGAUUACAAUCGUUCUAUGGUUGCCAUGAAAGAGAACAUGGUCUCGCUUUUGCUUGCAGGUACCCAAUUCAAGACGUUCCACUAUGAAUACGCUAUUGACGACUUCGACUACUUGGCAAAUCAGUUGAACCAGUUUUCUCGUUUGAAACGCUUAGUGAUAGAAGCACAAAGGGGGUUUCUUUAG